AUGGAUAUCCACAAAUGUCUCAUUAACCGUGUAGACAUUGUUCAUAGGAUUGCAAGGCUUCUGAUGCUUGCUGGUAUGGGAAAAUUGCCACUUUAUGUAAUUGAGAAGCUAAAAUGGGAUCUGGGUCUUCCUCAUGAUUAUGUGAAGACUCUUUUGGCCGAUUAUCCUGAUUAUUUUGAUGUUUGUAGCAUCGAAGAUCCAUUAUCCGGAAAAGAAAUGCUUGCCUUAGAGCUUGUUUUUUGGAGAAAAGAGCUCUCUGUCUCUGACUUGGAGAAGAGGGCAAUGAGCUUGGACUAUUGUGGAGACAAAAGAAGACAUGAUAUUGCAUUUCCCAUGUUUUUUCCAAAAGGUUUUGAUCUUGAAAAGAGAGUGAAGACUUGGGUUGAGAAUUGGCAAAAAUUACCUUAUAUUUCCCCAUACGAAGAUGCAUUUCAUCUUGAUCUAAGUAGUGACCUGGCAGAGAAGUGGAUAGUGUCAAUUUUGCAUGAGUUGCUCUGUCUUCUAGUGUCAAAGAAGACAGAGAGAGGGAACUUGCUUUGUAUGGAGAGUGUUUGGGGUUGGACUCAAGAUUUAAGAAGGCUUUGGUUCAUCACCCUGGCAUAUUUUACAUUUCCAAUAAGAUUAGGACUCAGACAUUGUCCUUAG